CUCUCCCCUCCUCCGUGCCGCUCGGCUCUGCUCUGCCCUGCUCAGCUCGGCGCAGCGGGGAGGCUGCAAACUUGAGAGCGGCUGUGGGAAGUUCCGUAGCAUGGCGGAGCGGCCCGGGCUGAGGCAGCGCGGAGGGGCGGAGGGCGAACGGCCGCUCUGAGCCGAGCCGUCGGGGAAGCGGCCGCCGGCAUGGCGCGCUGGAUCCCCACCAAGCGGGAGAAGUACGGGGUCGCAAUCUACAAUUACGAUGCUGUCCAAGAUGUGGAGCUCUCCCUGCAGGUUGGCGACACUGUUCACAUUUUGGAGAUGUACGAAGGCUGGUACCGAGGAUACACGCUCCGCAAUAAAUCAAAGAAGGGCAUUUUCCCAGAAACAUAUAUCCACUUAAAAGAGGCAACCGUGAAGGACCGGGGACAACACGAAACAGUGAUUCCGGGUGAAUUGCCACUUGGGCAAGAGCUUACUUCCACCCUGAGGGAGUGGGCAGUUAUCUGGCACAAGUUAUAUGUGGAUAACAAAACAACACAGUUUCGUCAUGUCCAGCAGUUGACUUACAGCCUGAUAGAGUGGAGAUCACAGAUACUAUCUGGGACUCUUCCCAAGGAUGAGCUGGCUGAACUCAAGAAGAAAGUCACUGCUAAAAUUGACUAUGGCAACAGGAUCCUGGGUUUAGACCUGGUUGUACGAGAUGACAAUGGGAACAUCUUGGACCCAGAUGAAACCAGCACAAUCUCUCUUUUCAAGGCCCAUGAAACUGCAUCCAAAAGGAUUGAUGAAAGAAUCCAGGAAGAAAAGUCCCUGCAACAGAAUUUGGAACUCCGAGGGCAGCCAAUAUUUAACACGACACACACAUACAGCCUCUAUGUAAACUUCAAGAAUUUUGUUUGUAAUAUUGGAGAAGAUGCAGAGCUCUUAAUGAGCCUCUAUGACCCUGACCUCUCCAAAUUCAUCAGUGAAAAUUACCUUGUUCGUUGGGGCAGUAAUGGGAUGCCUAAGGAAAUUGAGAAGCUAAAUAACCUUCAAGCAGUCUUUACUGAUUUAAGCAGUUCGGAUUUGAUCAGGCCAAAAAUCAGCUUGGUGUGUCAGAUUGUGAGAGUGGGGCAUAUGGAGCUGAAAGAUGGGAAGAAACACACGUGUGGACUCCGGAGACCCUUUGGUGUGGCAGUGAUGGACAUAACAGAUAUCAUACAUGGGAAGGUGGACGAUGAGGAAAAGCAACAUUUUAUUCCAUUUCAGCAGAUUGCCAUGGAAACAUACAUCAGACAGCGACAGCUAAUUAUGUCCCCGCUGAUAACUUCCCAUGUGAUUGGAGAAAAUGAGCCCCUCACUUCUGUCUUCAACAAAGUCAUCGCUGCAAAGGAAGUGAAUCAUAAAGGGCAAGGUCUUUGGGUCUCCCUGAAGCUGCUUCCUGGUGACCUAGCACAGGUUCAGAAGGAUUUUUCUCACCUUGUAGACAGAUCCACUGCUGUGGCUCGCAAAAUGGGAUUUCCUGAGAUAAUUCUUCCUGGUGAUGUUCGAAAUGAUAUCUAUGUCACCCUGAUACAAGGAGAGUUUGACAAAGGGAAGAAGAAGACUCCUAAGAAUGUAGAAGUCACCAUGUCUGUACAUGACGAAGAUGGCAAUCUCCAAGAGAAAGCUAUCCAUCCUGGUGCUGGUUACGAAGGUGUCUCUGAGUAUAAGUCUGUUGUUUAUUAUCAAGUCAAGCAACCAUACUGGUAUGAAACUGUAAAGGUAUCCAUUGCAAUAGAGGAAGUCAGUCGUUGCCAUUUAAGGUUCACUUUUCGUCAUCGAUCAUCACAGGAAUCUAGGGAUAAGUCUGAGAGAGCUUUUGGCAUGGGCUUUGUGAAACUGAUGAAUGCAGAUGGAACAACGCUACAGGAUGGCAAACACAACUUGAUUAUUUAUAAGGGUGAUAACAAGAAAAUGGAAGAUGCAAAAUGCUAUUUAACUCUUCCUUAUACAAAAGUGGAAAUGGAGGAGAAGGAGGUUCCCUCAGGGAAAAGUCUGCACCAUCUAGCCAACUUUACACCCAACAAAGACAGUACAAAAGACAGCUUUCAGAUUGCCACUUUAAUCUGCUCUACCAAACUCACCCAGAAUGUUGACCUGCUGGGUUUGUUGAACUGGCGUUCCAACUCUCAGAACAUUGCCCACAACCUGAGGAAGUUAAUGGAGGUGGAAGGAGGAGAAAUUGUAAAGUUUUUGCAAGACACUCUUGAUGCACUUUUCAACAUAAUGAUGGAAAUGUCAGAAAAUGAAACCUAUGACUUCCUUGUGUUUGAUGCACUGGUAUUUAUUAUUUCUUUGAUUGGAGACAUAAAGUUCCAGCAUUUCAACCCUGUACUUGAAACUUACAUUUACAAACACUUCAGUGCAACUCUCGCAUACGUGAAACUCACUAAAGUGCUGAACUGUUAUGUGGGAAAUGCUGAUGACUCCAGCAAGACAGAAUUGCUGUUUGCUGCUCUGAAAGCCUUGAAAUACCUCUUCCGAUUCAUUGUUCAGUCAAGAAUAUUGUACCUGAGGUUUUAUGGGAAAAGUGAAGAUGGUGAUGAAUUUAAUGAUGCAAUACGCAAGCUGUUCUUAUCCUUCAAUGUCCUCAUGGACCGUCCGUUAGAGGAGGCUGUCAAGAUUAAGGGUGCAGCUUUAAAAUAUUUGCCAAGCAUCAUAAAUGAUGUCAAACUAGUCUUUGACCCUGUUCAACUCAGCAACCUCUUCGGCAACUUCAUCCGAAGUAUUCCUGACAACCAGUUGGUUCGACAGAAGCUGAACUGCAUGACCAAGAUUGUUGAGAGUGAUCUGUUUAAGCAGCCUGAAUGCAGAGAGGCUCUUCUCCCUCUGCUGAUUGACCAGCUGAGCGGCCAGUUGGAUGACAAUUCAAACAAGCCCGACCACGAGGCCAGCUCACAGCUACUGAGCAGCAUUCUGGAAGUGCUGGAUAGGAAAGAUGUGGGGCCCACGGCCAACCACAUCCAGCAGAUCAUGGAACGCCUGCUGAGGAGAAUAAACCGCACGGUGAUAGGAAUGAACAGACAAUCUCCACACAUUGGUAUUUUUGUGGCCUGCAUGACAGCCAUCCUGAGGCAGAUGGAUGACUACCAUUACAACCAUUACAUCAAUACUUUCAAAACCAGGCAGGACAUUAUUGACUUCCUGAUGGAAACAUUCAUUAUGUUUAAGGAUUUGAUUGGAAAAAAUGUCUAUGCAUCUGACUGGAUGGUCAUGAAUAUGAUGCAGAGCAGGGUUUUCCUUCGGGCAGUGAACCAGUUUACCUCUGUGCUCAACCGCUUCUUCCUGGAUCAAACAAAUUUUGAACUCCAGCUCUGGAAUAACUAUUUCCAUUUGGCAGUGGCCUUUCUCACUCACGAAUCCCUCCAGCUGGAGACCUUCUCACAAGCCAAGCGCAGCAAAAUUAUCAAGAAGUAUGGGGACAUGAGAAAAGAAAUUGGCUUCAAAAUAAGGGAUAUGUGGUAUAAUCUGGGUCCCCACAAAAUAAAGUUUAUUCCAGCAAUGGUAGGGCCAAUCCUGGAGGUAACCUUGGUCCCGGAGCCUGAGCUACGGAAAGCUACCAUUCCCAUCUUCUUUGAUAUGAUGCAGUGCGAGUACAACUUCAGUGGGAAUAGAAACUUUCAUAUGUUUGAAAACGAGUUAAUAACCAGACUGGACCAGGAAGUCGAGGGCGGCCGAGGGGAUGAACAGUACAAGAUUUUGCUGGAGAAACUCCUCCUGGAGCACUGUCGGAAGCAUAAAUAUCUGUCUGCUUCUGGAGAAAAGUUUGCUUGGCUGGUCAGCAGCUUGUUGGAGAACCUGCUGGACUACAGAACAAUCAUGCAUGAUGAAAGCAAGGAGAACCGCAUGAGCUGCACUGUCAAUGUGCUGAAUUUUUACAAAGAGAAGAAACGAGAGGACAUUUAUAUCAGAUAUCUGUAUAAACUCCGGGAUCUGCACACAGACUGUGAGAACUUCACUGAGGCCGCAUACACCCUCCUCCUCCAUGCAGAGCUGCUCCAGUGGUCUGAGAAGCCAUGUGUCCCUCAUCUGCUGCAGAGGGACAGCUACUAUGUCUACUCACAACAGGAACUGAAGGAGAAGCUCUACCAAGAAAUUAUCUCCUUCUUCGACAGGGGCAAAAUGUGGGAAAAAGCCAUUCAGCUAAGCAAGGAGUUGGCUGACAUGUAUGAAAACAAGGUUUUCGAUUACGAGGGACUCAGCAAUGUCUUGAAAAAACGAGCUACUUUUUAUGAAAAUAUUAUGAAGGCAAUGAGACCUCAACCAGAGUACUUUGCAGUUGGAUACUACGGUCAGGGUUUCCCCUCUUUCCUCCGGAACAAAAUUUUUAUCUACCGUGGCAAGGAGUAUGAACGGAGGGAAGACUUCAACCUGAAGCUCCUCACCCAGUUUCCUAGUGCUGAGAAGAUGACCAGCACUGCCCCUCCAGGAGAGGAGAUCAAAUCUUCUCCUAAACAGUAUGUGCAGUGCUUUAUAGUGAAGCCUGUGAUGAACCUGCCACCUAAUUAUAAAGACAAACCUGUUCCCGAGCAGAUCUUAAACUACUACAGAGCAAACGAGGUGCAGCAGUUCACACACUCACGACCAUUCAGAAAAGGAGAAAAGGACCCAGAGAACGAAUUUGCUACUAUGUGGAUAGAAAGGACAACCUACACGACAGCAUAUUCGUUUCCAGGCAUCCUCAAAUGGUUUGAAGUCAGACAGAUUUCAACGGAAGAGAUCAGCCCAUUGGAGAAUGCCAUAGAAACGAUGGAGCUCACCAAUGAGAAAAUCAGCAAUAUUGUCCAGCAGCAUGUCUGGGACCGGAGCCUUCCUGUGCAUCCUCUCUCCAUGCUCCUCAAUGGGAUUGUGGACCCGGCGGUCAUGGGGGGAUACACCAACUAUGAAAAGGCCUUUUUCACAGAGAAAUAUCUUCAAGAACAUCCUGAAGAUCAAGAUAAAAUUGAACUCCUUAAGCAAUUGAUUGCCCUACAGAUGCCAUUGUUAGCAGAGGGAAUAAGAAUCCAUGGCGAGAAACUGACAGAGCAGCUGAAGCCUCUGCAUGACAGACUGACAGCCUGCUUCAAAGAGCUGAAGAAGAAGGUGGAGAAGCAGUACGGUGUAAUAACUUUGCCUCCCUCCUUGACCGAAAGGAAACCAAGCAGGUCAGGCUCUGUCGUGUUGCCCUACAUCAUGUCUUCCACGCUGAGACGGCUCUCUGUCACAUCUGUGGCCUCUUCUGUGGUCUCUACGUCUUCCACGUCGUCUGAUAGCACUUCCUCCAGGCCAGGUUCAGACGGAUCUAUUCUGGAGCCUCUCUUGGAGAGAAGAAUAUCAACAGCUUCCAGAGCUGAAGAGCUGCCCAUGAAAGAAGAUGGUGAUAACAGGAUUUGCAAACUGAAGCGAAAGGAGUGGAGUAUCAGCAAGUCUCAAGUUAUUGUAGAGAAGGAGCCAGAAAUGGAACUGACUUCCAAAAUGAGCACGUCAGGAAAAGCUCAAAGGCCAAAGAGUCUUCAGUUAGGAGACAGCAGGCUGACUUUGCUUCAGAGUUCUUCUCUCCAGCAGUCAACGCCUCUCAGCCCACCACCCAUCACUCCCAAAACCCCAAGAACCCACAGUUUUCCCUCACUGCAGUCGGAUGGAUUGCCAGCUGCCUGCCUGCAGAGCACCCCACCCCCACCUCCUCCCAAGAGCAAACCCUAUGAGAACAGCAACCCGAGGAACUCUGUGGAGGUUGCUCCACCACUGCCGAGCAGACGUGAAUCCAAACCUCCCCCUCCACCCCCAAAAACCAGAAAAUCCAGUGUCCUCUCGUCAGAGCAAGGACUGCAGUGAGGAUUAUUACUUGCUUAUCUAACAGCAAGUACCUAGAGAGAGAUGGCUGCUUUCUCUUCACUGACGUGCUGGGGUUUUCUCCCCUAAAGACUAGUGAUCUCAGUUGCCAUUCCGUUCACUUCCAUUGAAGUUGUCCCUGGGAAAUAGCAAAAGGAACUCUUAGUCUAACUAUAUUCCCAACCUCUGUUUUAUCUUUCCAAUAAUGAGACACUAAUCACAGAAGGGAAGAAGUCAGCCUACUGGGAUUCUAUAUUAGCCUUGUCUAUCCUGAAUUUUUUCACUGAUGCAAUUUCAGCAGCUCGUUCCUAAUGUAAAACUAUCACAGUAGUGAUUUGAAACCAGUGCUUAACCGAGGUAAGCCACACCAGUAUGAGAUGUCUUCUGCAGUAUUUUCACAUGGGUUCAUCACAGCUUUAUGCUAAAGCACAAAUUCCUCCUCCUGUCGCUGUAAUCAAGCACUGAUUUGCAUGAAGUGAGACGGAUCGCAGCCAUGCAGUGUCAGGUGUUGCUGUGUGAUGUGUGGUCUCCUAAGAUUCGUGAUUGCAGGCAGAGACCUGAGCAUUGUUAGCAGGAUAAGAAGCCUCUUUUCUGCUACUCAUCAUAUGUAUUGAAGAUGAAGUGCAGACGUUCUGCCUUACACGUCUCUGCUCAAGUAGUGGCAGUUGCUCACUCCCAAUGGGGAGUUUAGGUUUGCCAGUACUUAAUCAUAGUUUCACUGUUGGUUCUGGUUUUAACACUACAGAGCAACUGAUAUCCCUUCCUUUGUUGUAUUGCUACUUUAUUUUGCACCUGGGACAAAGACUUCAUCUUCUUGCUUUUUGAAUAGGGUGUAGAAAGUGACUUUUCUCCUGUGAAUGUCUCAAAAUGGACAGAGGUUGUGUUGAUACCAGCACUGUAUUGAUACCAGCAACCUGGGGAGGAUGGAGUGUGUACUGUAACACUUACUUUGGCUGGCCAGAUCCUCACAAAUAGAAAUAAACAUCAUGCUCCUUCUCCCCCUCCCCAUUUAGGGCAGUACUUGCACUUUGUUUUGUAGCCUCCCUUGGUCUGAGUUGUUCACAGCCACUAGACUUUAAGGAACCACUUGGAUCUGGGAUUUGUGGAAGACUUGACAAUCAACCACCAUGCUUCCUGUGCUUGGAUUAUUCCAGCUCUGCAGCUUUUUUUUCCUUGGAGAACAAGAUAAUUAUGUUAUUUAUAAGUAUGUUAUUAAUCUGCUUAAUUAUUCUCUUUUAGUUAUUUAUUUCCUGCUCUCUCAGGAUGUCAACAACAGUCUUCAUUUUAUUUAUUCUGAAGAAGAAAAAUGCCCUGAUCUUGGGUUUUAAUUUUUAACCUUUUAAAAUUCCUGCCUUUUCUCAGCCCUAUAGCGACCAAAGAUAGAGCACCAAUAUCUUUACUUCAUAUGGACCACAUGGGCUUUGUGCAGUACUUGGGCUGGAAGGAAGUUCAACUGAAAGUUGUCUUGCAGCGUGCAUUUCAGCACUGUUCUACCACAGAAUUGUCUAGAUCAUCCCAGCAAGAGCUUCAGCAGCCCUUUCUUACCUUGUGGAGCAGGACCUUCCUAAACUCCCCAUUUCAGAACUUGUAAGGAACAUCACUGUUAUCUUUUCAAGCAGCAUAAUUGUAACUUUCUUAUAUAUCCCCCCAGAGUUGUCACUGCCACGUGGUGCCACAUUUAUUUCAUCCAGCAAACAAUAUUGCUUGUUACCUGUCACUGUCAUUAAACUCCUGAUUAUUGGGUAUAAUUUAUGGAGGUGCAUUUAAAUCCCUGCUGGGGAUGUUGCUCACAAGAUACCAUUUUUUUGCUGUGGCUCGUUUCUUACAGACCACUGCACCAAUCUUCUGCUUACGUGACUUAAGUGAGUUUUAUUGCCUUACUGAAAAAUUCGAGUUGUUUAAGAUAGGCUUUAAUUAGGUUUAAACUCUUUUUCAGAUUAAAAAGGAAAGAAACCCUAUUCUGGCCAUGAGGACCAAAGUUGCCCUUUCGCUUGUUCUUAUGUGUUCCUUUGCCUUCUGUGUGACUCCAGUUAAGGAAACCUGCAGGAGCUGCAUUUAUUUUGCUGUGUGUAUGGCUCUGCAAACAGAUUGCACUCAUUAAGGGGUCAGAUCAGAUUCCCAUCACAGAGCAGGAUGGAGAGCAGGAUGAAGUUGCACUGCAGUCACAGUUGUGCUCACCACAGCUCACAUGCAAUUGUCUUCUGGGCUGUUGCCUUCUCAGGGGAAAUCUUUGAAACCUUUCUGGACAACCUGAGCAUGUUUCAGUGCCUCUGCUGUGUGUUGUAGGACUUGUCAGCUCUGCAUUACAUUCCUGACCACAGAUGCUGCCUGACUGGAACACCACAGGGUUUUCUCAUCUUUCAUUUUUCUCCACUUCUCCCUCUUCUUGUAAGCACUAUCUCCCUUCUGCUGCUGUUGCACAACCUGAAGGAUCCUCUGAAGCUCUUCCCUUGAACAAGAACUUUUGUCUUCACAUAGGGUGAGGUGUGAGCAAUAGAAACCUACACCUUAACACCACCUUUUGUAAUUCAGUGCCUUGCCUUGUUCCCUCAUUCUGAGGUGCUUUUCCUUUCCAGAGCAGGUUUGCUUUUAACUCCUUUGGUAAGGCAGCAGGAAGCUCGGCUGUCAUGGGCUGACAGCACAGUGAUCUGGUUUGGUUGUUUCAAUUCUAAGUGGCAUUUGAGUCAUAAUUCCCUGCUUUUCUGAUCUGUUUUAUUAACUUCAAUUUGUACCUUGUGCAGCCAGUGGAUAUUUUUCCUGUAGCAGGAAGCUAGUCCAUGCAGAAAGGCCUCAGUGGGGGAAGCCUGACCUUGGGAAUAGUUCUUCAGUGUCCCUUUAUGCAAUGCUUUUGAACUUGAGGAUGUUUGGUUCUGCCUGCUAGUCAGUAUUUCUGACUGUGAAGAGUUCUGUUCUUAGCUGAUACAAGUCAGCAGAGCCUCCAUGGAGCCACACGAUGGGAUUUCUGUGCUGUGCCCGAGUGAUGUGGGCCUUCAUUUGGGCCAGUUUUGGAAAACAGCAUUGUCCUCAGCAUUGGGUUUUUAAAAGCAAUUGGGCAUUUAAGUGUGUAAAUACAGGGCCUGGCUGGUUUUAAUUAAGGAGAAUUUGGUGCAAAAUUCUACCAGACCUCUGAUUUAAAAACCUUUUUUUUAAAUUAAAAUAUACUGCUCUUUGCUACAAGUUCUGAUAUUUAAUCUUCAGAGACUGUUUAAGAUCUCACUAAUUCAUUUUCAAGACGAAAAUCAGUUUUUCACAUCACUCAAUGUCAUUGAAAGCAUAGGGCUGAAGAUGGGAGUCCAGUGGUGAUCCAUAAUGGAGAUCUCCACGCAGCAGAACUGAAAGCAAACAGUGGCAUUUGUACCGAGCUCCUGGCUUUGGGUAAGAUCAGGUUCAGUAUGCAGUCUGCAGAGGAGACGAGAUCUGAAUCCCAUCUCAAAUCCACGCUGUCCACAGCUAGCAGUGAAUUCUAAGUCAUAGAGAGAGGAUUUUUUUUUCCUUUGGAGAAAUAUGCUCAACACUUAUUUUCUGGAGCUUUUAAUUAAAACUCAUCACGCUGUGAUAAAUUCCUUUAAAAAUGUUACAGGCUCUAAUCCGCAUCAGGGAAGAGAGAAACAGACAGCUUUCCAUUUCAGUGGAUUAUUGGAUUAGGAAAGGACACCGAUUCCACUGAGAACAGCUCUGUGAUCUGCAGCAGCAGAAAUGCCAUCGUGUGCCUGUAGCAGUUGUUGAGAACCUGUAUCCAAUCCCCACCACGCUGUGCAGCCCACGAGCAGCAGGUUGAACUCGUAGUGAUAACGGCUCGGAUUUCCUCUCCUUAUUUAUUUUUAUAAUUGUAAAUGGAAAUAAGAAGUUUUGAAAUGUCUGUAACUUAACCGUAGCCUUUUUCUCAAAUGUAAAAACAUUCCUGACUACCACUGGCUACCAUUUUUUUUGUUUCUUUUAAUUAAAAACUUCUCUGUCUGAUGUUUACCAUUGCAGAGUACAUUAUCUAGUGAAAUGGCGUGGGCUUUUUCAUGGACUGAGUCAGGAGAAAAACAAACCACACAAAGAUGUGAUUUCAUUUCUUGCACAGUAGGAGGUGGGCUGUUCAGAAGCACGUCAGGUUCACCCAAUUCUGCUCCUGUUAAUGUUCUCAUUAAUCUUCGCAGUGCGUUGCAGAGUGUAUUUAACUGGUUUUGAUGUGAGGAUGGAUAUCCCAGUUGGAGCAGAAUGAGGUUCCUGGCGUGGUGCAACCCCAGCAUCCCUGGUGUCAGUGGAUGUAGUCAUUCCCUGUUGGAAUUGUAAAGAUUUUAAUGACAUGGGGAACCACAGGACGUGUUUGUCUUGAGUUCAGGAGAACAUGGGUGUUGUGUAACAUGUCCUUGUUAACAUUUAGAGAUGCUGUGUGUGAUGGUUUCGUUAGGAAACAGCCACCUCUCCAGGCUGCAAAUCCUUUUUUCCUCUUUUCAUCCUCUGCAGUUGAAGCAGCAGAAAAUACAGCUUUUAAACUGUCUCUGAAGGAAGGGUAGGAACUAAGCGUGGGGAAAGGAGGCUGCAUCUCUCUGGGUAAAUGCCAUAGGAUUAUAUGGCAGGGUGUAUAAUUUUUUUUUUUAAUGUAUUAACUAUUGUAAAGUUUGUAAAUAACUUUUUAAUAUAAAUGUAGUUUUUAUGUGUGAACCAGUAAAAAAAUGAAGCAUACGAAAGUCUUUCAUGUGUGGUCUACUGAUGUGUGAGCAGGAUUCCAUUCCAGCAGUAAAAUUAUUUGUAAUUUGUAAUGAAGUUGUAUUACUGUUGCGAUCAGACAGGGCCCAGGCAUUGUGCAUGGGUGUGAAACAAAACUUGUCACUGCCAAGUUUUCAUUGUAGAAUGCAAAGCCAACCCCAUGGAGCGAUUCCCCACCACUGGACUACAGCGUGUUUUCUUUUACCUACAAGCAAGUCAUGUAGACAACAGUAUCUUCAACUGUUCCCAACUGAUUUCACAGUAUUUAUUCACAUAUUGCAAUCAAAGCAGAGACAGGAGGAACUCUUUUCAAUGUUGCUUUGAAAUUUUAUUCUGG